AAUCAUUUUGUUAUUUAAUUUUAUUUUAUUAUACAAAUUGCCUAUAUAUAUAUGCACAGUAUUCAUACAUACUAUCCACAUUCAUAUAUCUUCAAACAAAUUUAGAAAUCUCCUACUUGUUAUAUAUCUCUAGCUCUUUCCUCCAAGUAAUGUUGUCAUAAGAUUGAUCUUCUAAUCCAAAAUUAUAACAUAUAUUUUUGAAGUUCGACGUCUUCAUCGUACGACCUUGUCACUCGACAAUCGUGGGAUCAACAAUUCAACAUUAUUGAAAAUGGCGGAUAAAGUAAGUGUAACGUACACAGUCGAUGAAGCACUUGUUACGAUGGGGUUUGGAAAGUUGCAGUUUUUGGUGUUAGCAUACGCCGGAAUGGCGUGGGUUUCGGAAGCUAUGGAGAUGAUGAUUCUAUCGUUCGUCGGACCGGCCGUUAAAUAUGAAUGGGAGCUUAGCGCUGCUCAAGAAAGUCUUAUUACAACCAUAGUUUUUGCAGGCAUGUUCGUUGGUGCUUACUCUUUUGGUCUUAUUUCCGAUAAAUAUGGAAGAAGGAAAGGUUUUGUGUUUUCGGCAGUAGUAACAUGUGCAGCUGGUCUACUGAGUGCAGCUUCACCAAACUUCGUGGUGUUGCUCGUUGCUCGUUGUUUGGUAGGCGUCGGAUUAGGAGCUAGUCCUGUUUUACUGACUUGGUUUCUAGAGUUUGUACCUGCACCUAGCAGGGGUACUUGGAUGGUCCUUUUCCAAGCCUUUUGGACCAUCGGUUCCAUCACCGAGGCUGCCUUGGCAUGGAUUAUAAUGCCGAAAUUGGGAUGGAGAUGGCUGUUGGGUCUAUCUGUUCUGCCUUCAUUCAUCCUGCUGGUAUUCUAUUUCAUUACCCCUGAGUCGCCGAGAUACUUAUGUUUGAAAGGACGAAAAAAAGAGGCAGUUCAAGUUUUGGAGAAAAUAGCUAGAAUAAAUGGCAAGGAAUUGCCUCCUGGUGUACUUGUUACUGAUAUGGAGCAAGAAGAAAUAAACUGUCCUACAAAAGCUGUUACAGGGGAAGAAGGUGCAGCACCUGCGAAAUAUGAGGAUUCUGAUAUGUCUGUCGUUCGAUCUUUUAAAGUACUUCUUUCAAAGAAACUAGCUCCCACAACUUUGCUCCUGUGGGUAGUUUUCUUUGGUAAUGCAUUCGCGUACUAUGGCAUCGUGUUGCUAACAACUGAGUUGAACACUAAGGACAAUACAUGUGAUUCUCAUGUUGUUCAUAAAAAAGAAAACAGUAAGCCUGAUAUUGAUUACAGAGCUGUGUUCAUCACUAGUUUUGCUGAACUCCCUGGACUUAUUAUUGCUGGCAUCCUGAUUGAUCGAAUUGGUCGUAAGUAUUCCAUGGCAAUCAUGUUUGUUGCUGGUGCAAUAUUCCUGUUUCCUCUGGUUGAUCAUCGAUCAAACGCUAUCACAACAGUUCUGAUGUUUGGGGCUCGAGCCUCUAUCAUGGGGAGUUUCACCAUUGCUUUCAUCUUCGCUCCAGAGAUAUACCCAACAUCAGUGAGGAAUACGGGUUUUGGAAUGGCGAGUUCUAUGGCAAGAGUAGGCGCAAUGGUGAGCCCUUAUGUGGCUGUAGCUUUAAUACAAGGAUGUCAUAGAAUGGCAUCAAUCUUGUUUUUCGCAGGAGUAAUAUUAGCUGCUGCGAUAGCUGUCGCGCUAAUUCCAUAUGAAACAAAAGGGCGCGAGUUAACUGAUAGCAUUGAUAGUAAUAAGAAUGACAUACCCAAGGCCAUAACACUUACACGAGAAGGAGCUCAACAAAAACCACCAAGUAGUUCCGUUAAUGUAUAAGCGUCUUCUAACAUUGUUCGUUGAGAUCCUACGAAGAAUACGAAACAAUUUUAAGAACAUCUUACUCUGUUGUUUAUGUAUGUAUGUAUGUGUUUGGUAGUAAAAGAUAGAGUUUGUAUGUGUUUAACUAUUGUUUUUGGCCUUUGAACAGAGGACCUAUUAGUGUCAGUUAGUAAUGAGCAAAUUAGAGUAGCUAAUAGUUAAGGCCAAAAAUCUUAGAGAAAGUUGUGUAAUGUUUCUGGUGUGCUAGGAUUUCUCUUCAUACAGGAGCUUGGGUGUUUGUAUGUGUAAGUAUUUUCAGAGUCAAUGUCAAAUUCGGAUAAAGUGAUAUAUCAUAACUAUUUUUGAUUUAUGAGAUACUCCAAGUUGUAUUUAA